GAUAGCGGAUAAGAAAAGAUAACUGAGAAUAUUUGGUUGUGAAAUUUCAAUCUCAUCUGAAUAUCUUAUACGGUGAAACAAAAACAAAAUGUUUUGGUUUUCAUUGGUACUUUCAUACAAGCCGAUAGCACUAACAUCGGCCCAUCGCCCUGGAAUAUUCCCUCCGCUUCCUCCUACUACGUUUAAGUCACGCUCUUCAUCCACUUGUCGUCCUUGUUGUUGUACAAAAAGUGACUUAACUAAACAAGACGAAGAAACUCCAGAAGAAGAAGAAACGUUUCAAGUGCUGACAGCCGUUAAGAGUAAAUACAAUGACAUUGUCAUCGUCGACACUCCUAAAUCCAGGAUGCUGCUACUCGAUUCCACUCAUAAUGUCCAUAGCGUUCUGCAAAAAGGUGAUGAGAAAUGGACUGGAUCAUAUUGGGACGAAUUCGCUACUUUGCCACCUAUUGUUCCUGAAGGUCCCAUUGCAAUCUACGGAUUGGGCGGUGGAACAGCUGCACAUCUGAUGCUUGACGUGUGGCCUUCAUUGCAGCUUCAAGGUUGGGAGAUUGAUGAAAUAUUAAUUGAUAAAGCAAGAGAAUAUUUUGGGCUAUCCAAUCUUGAGAGGUGUAAUAAAGUUGGUGGCAGGCUUGAAGUUCACAUUGAUGAUGCUUUUUCACCUAGACAGCAUCUUCCUGCAGGCUAUGCCGGCAUCAUCAUUGACUUGUUCUAUGAUGGAAAGGCUCUAUCACAGUUGCAAGAGGUUGAAACAUGGUUGGAAUUAAGUGAUAGAUUGAUGCCCGAUGGUCGCCUUAUGGUGAAUUGUGGUGGUGUAAGCGAAUCAUCUAUAGACGGAAAAUUACACCAUCAAUCAGUUGAUGACGUUUGGAUACAAAAUUCUACCAUCAAGGCAUUAGCUAAAGCAUUUCCUGGACAAGCACUUCACUGAACUCCUCAGGUCCUUGGACGAGCACAAACUCUGUACUUAAAUUUUCAGGUGCAACCUUUAAUUUCAGUUCAAAAACUUAGUUCUGGUUCUCAAUCUUUCAUGUUACGCCUCUCUUUUCUCAACUUUUGAUUCUUCAAUGGCAUUUUCCCUUCUCAUUGAUUUUAACAACUCUGUCAGAUGUUGCUUUACUUCUCUAAUCUUCUUGAAUCUCCUAUACAAUAAACUUGAACUUCUCAUUAGUGAUCUUGCUCUCUAACAAAUUAAAGGAACAAGAUUGAGACUGGAGCCAAAUUUUCUUGAAAUUCUUGUUCAUAAAGACAUUAAAUAUUGAUCAAUGAAGGUUAUGAGCAUUGUUUUUAUCAAUCUAAUAAAGCAACUCAUCCAAACGCAAAAAAGAAUCAUAGAUUUCAUCUUCCAAGUUCUACAUUUGAAUACCAUUGAUGACACUCAUUCCGAAAUCUUAAAUUAUAUGUUUUAUCAUGUUGAAUCUAAAAAACCUACUAGAACCAGGAUGUCAAGGAUAGGGGGAGAGGAUAUUCUGGAAAUUUUGCUAGUAUGGCGAUGCUGAUGUAACACUAACUUGAUGGCAGCAAUGUUGUGUCACAGCUGUUGCACUAUUGAAUUGAUACGAACUAGCAUGCUAGUCAAAGCAGGCUGAAAUGUAGUGCAUGACUUUAUUAAGCCCUUCAUCUGACCAAUAUUUUACUGGAUAUGGAAAGCAGUUGGCAAGGUUCUGUAGGUAGACGGUUUGGAUGCUUUGACAAGUUCUUCAGCAUUGCUUUCUGAAUUUCGUGAAUGAGUGGAUGAUUUGAAUUUCUUGGUUAAAAUGUUUUUUUCUCUCUCUCUC